CACUGCUGCCUAGCAGGGCUCACAGGUGCUCAGGUUAGCCUAACUUACUGUGUUUGUGCAUGAGUGUGGGUGUGUGUAGGUGCGUGUCUGUGGAUGAUAUCACGGUGCAUAGGUUGCAGGGCCAUGUGUGGUUGAGGAUGUGUUUUUUUUUGUAGCCAGGGUUUUUUGGAGGUGCUGCUCACCUACACCUGCUGCCACACCGGUGUUGCUAAAGUGAGGCUACGUUAGAGAAGUGCUUCACAUCCUCCAUCAUUAACACAGGUGGAAUCGACCCUUUCGGACACAUUAUGAAAUUCUUAUGUGUUGCUUUACUCGCAGCAAAGUGAUUAAUUCAGUUUCAAAUGCAGUCGAAAAAACACUUCAAAUCUGUGGAAAGAGUCCUGGGUGAUGUCCGACUAACAGUCCACAACUCAAAGAUAUUAAGAUUAAACGGAGUGCAGAUGCAAGUAAUGAUUAUUUUCAUUAUUGGUUCAUCUUGUAAUUGUGUUUGUGAUGAAUGUGUAAGUUGUUUUAGUCUAUAAGAUGUCUGAAAAAUCAGGACAAAUGAUUUUAAAUCGCUUUGUUAGUCUGUCAAAAACUUAAUUUUCACAUAUGAGAGGCUGAAACCAAUUAACACUAAUGACGUUUGUUAAGGUUGUUGGAGAUUGAUUUCUUCUGAUUGAUCAAACAAAUCCUCGACUAUAGAUGUGAGCUCUCUGUGAUCGGUUCCUCAAAAUCACGGAGCAAAAGCUUCUACCGAGAGUCUCUCUCUCGCUCUCUCGCUCAGAGAGAGAGAGAGAGAGAGACCCCGCUGUGAAUACAGAUGCCCCACAGCUCAGGGAUCGCACUUUCAGGCUGUUUGCAUCUCUGCGUUUUUUUUUUUUUUUUGAGAGUAAAAUCAACACGUUCACGCCCACUCUCUCGGGAGGGGGCUGUUGAAAGGCAUUCUGGGACAGCACAGGGGAACCACUGACUGAAGCGGACGGGGGAAAAGUAUCGGCACCAAGUUGAUGACAAACGCAUUGCACAUCACACAGAUAGAUGAUGUAAGAGGGUUGUUCUGUGAAACCUCAGCAGAGUAUCCUCACACUCGGGUGUGUUUUCAGGUGAUACCUCAGUUCAAGUUGCCGUCUCUUUGCUGUGCGAUGAUUUGACUUCUCUGCUUCCGGGGGGCUCCGGUGUGCUGGAGGAGGCGGGUCGUCUGCGGCUCUUCACCAUCCAUCACGGUUGGUUUAUGAGUCGGCGGUGAUUAAUCCGAUAGGUAGCGGUCAGGCUUUCCAGUGCGCCUCAGAGAAGGAGCUGGAAAUCGGCCGCGUACGUAGACAAACGGCCUUGACUGAACCCCCCCCCACACACACACACACACACACACACACACACUUCCCCCGGAUGUAGAGGGAUUUUCGCAUCAUCACCGGGGGUGUGGGUACAAACGGCUGACGGCACACAUUCAACCUUCAGGAACAAACAAUGUGUGUGAACCGGUGAGAGAGAAAGAAGUCCCUUUGGAUCUCAACAGGACCGACCCUGAACCUCAUGGAGGUCUUCUGGAGGCUUUCCUCGGCUGCGUUGAGAGCCGAGGCCCCUCACUAACUGCCCCUCACUAACUGCUCCACUGUUUCUACUUUCUCUGUUGUAGUCGUGGGCGCUCGAGGCCGCAGACCUCUUCCCUUCUCGUCCGCUGUUUUUGUUCUAAGCAAGUCCAAAAACCAGGUGCCAAACUGACUGUGUCAAGAGAAGAAGCAAAAAAGGUCUCACCAAAUCAUCAGAAAUAUUUAGUCAUCUAGCUUUGAAAAACCCUGAUUUAGUAGCUAGAGCACAGCUUUACUUUGUCUCCCCCUCACCUCACAAACACAUUACACCAUCCCAUUAAAAUCCCAUUUUAAUCUCCGCCCUAUUGCAAAACCGAGAGACGACGAUCAGUGCAUUAUUGGGUUAAAGUGCUUUAAAAAACGCAGCUUGUAGUUGUGCGUCGCAGGAGGAGCUACGCGGUGAGCGGCGAUAACACGAGCCUGAUAAAUCCCGUCUCUGCUGCUGCUGCUAUCAUCUGAAAGGUUUGGAGGAACAGCGCUGACACUUUGUUUAUCUCCUUCUUCCAGUCGCUUCUACGAGAGCGGCCUCUCGCUCUUUGACGUCGUCUGUUUCUUCCACGCUCGAUUACGCUCCACGACCUGAAGAGGUCCUCCUUAUUCCCCCCCAAAAAUACAUGCAAUUCAAAACCUUUCACUGUACUAACAUUUAUCGUGGAAGUUCGUAAGAACACGACCUGAAGCCAUACUGAACACCAGCCAUACGAAUACCUUUUCUCAUUUACAAAAACACCUCGCGAUGUUUUAGGAUCUCUCCAACAAAGCAGAUCUUCAGGGAGUCGAUGAGGAACCCGCCGGUGAGGAGAACCCUAAGUUCCACACGUUUGGAUGAGAGCGCGGCUCCGUGCGUCUCUUUUUUUUCUGCCCGUGUGUUAACUUGAGAGCUCGCCGCUGAGCGGACGCCCCCCCCCUCGCGUGGUGUUGAGCGCGGCAGCGAUCGUGACCUUUGUCGAGUUCCUGCCGUCGUUGCCUCCGACCCACCCGCGCUCCCUCUUGUGUUUGACGGAUGAAUCCGGACAUUUUCAUGUCUGUUCUGUGGGCAGAACCUCGCUGCCCUGCUAGAACCGGGCCCAAGCCCUCCUUCGUUCUCUUCUGUUGGGCCAAGCUAAAUUCAGAGCAGAGACACUCGCACAAGGGUAUUGAGCGCACAUAGAUACAUCUUCUGUUUCUGUCUGUCGUUUUUGUCACCAGUUUCCUCGCUUUUGAUCACUCUUUGGUGAAUGCCUUGACAUUAUUGAACUUUACUUUUUCUUUUUUCUUCGUCACCAUUUAACGCUGCUCAACGUGCAUUUAGCAGCUGUGCUAGUCAAACUUCUAAAUUCACUGUUUUUAAAAACCAAAAUUUCAAGCAUAUUGACCUUUACUGAUUCUCUUCCGCUAAAUCUUUUGAGAGGAAGAGUUUGUUUCACAGCAAAUUCUGAGCAUGAUGUAAAAAACAAAAUACACAUUUAAGUCACAGCUUGUGCCAAAUUCAGACCGGCUUCCUCUGAGAUCUCUGAAGCUGUCAGCACUGUUGUUUACAGACUCCACACACACACACACACAGCUCCAAUAUUACAUUUACAAGUCGUCCACGCAGGACGACAGAAGUGCCAAACUCACACAAGAAUACGUCCAACGUCUGUUAAAGCUCCAUCAAACGUGAAAAAAAAAUCAAGUUUACAUACAACGCUAAAUGUUUACAGAUCACACUUUCAUCCAUCGCAGUUUCUUACGUAACAUUCGUGCCAUAAACGUCUCCUAGAAAACGCUUGGGUAGGAGAUAUACGACUGUCUAAGGAGCUAACAGUUUCCUCAUCUUGUUUACAGAAAAUGUAAAAAAACAAAACAUUACUGCCUGGUUUUGAAGAUUUUGGCCUACAGACUGUAAAAACUGUCAACCGACCAAAACUAAGUAUCCGACACCUGCUGCCAUAAAACAAAACCACAUUAUUCUAUAUUUAUAAUCAGAAGGUUUCAUUUAUACUGAUAAGUUCAGAACUACAGCCAUUUCACAGGCAGUUCCUAUAGGACCUAAAAAACCUCUGAAAGACCUCAAUGUUUACAAAAGCUGCAUAAAGUGAAGGAUUUGUACACGGAGAGAAUUGUUUACAUUAAGCUGAACGAGAGAAACGCGUUCAUGAGACAUCGCUGAACUACAAGAGACCCGUUGCUCCUGUGCAUCGUGAGAGAGAGAGAGAGGACUUUUCAUACCAACACUUUUUAUAAGUCAGAAGGCCGCCAUCUUGGAUUAGGAGCUGUUCAUGUGAAAUUCUUUUUCUUUUUUCUUUUCUUUUUUUUUUUACAAAGGCUCAAAAAAACUUGGAAGAAAAACAAUGAAAUCUUUCACUUCAAGAGGGAUGUUUUGCUUGUCCCUCGUUCUCCUGCUUUUCUCCUGCCUCGCCGCCGUUGACGGCGACGCCAGGACUGACGAUGCUGCUGCUGCUGCCGGCGGCAGCAAAAGGAGCAACGCCUUGUUCCUCCUGACCGGCUACAAGCCGCCGCCCGCCGGGCCCAAAGUGGCGCCAAAAGCGGCCGAGGUCGUGGAGGAUGGCGACGACCCGCCGGCGGUGGCCGAGCUCCCUCCGAAGCCCCUCCCUCAGACCAUGUUGCCGAGGAACAUGACGGCCGACGCCCUGAAGCCUCCGCUCGGCGCCGCCCAGGUGGCUCCGCCUCCCAGACAGCUGGUGGACGUGGAUGUGUGCAGGGGUUACUACGACGUGAUGGGGCAGUUCGACACCACGUUCAACUGCUCCAAGGGCAGCUACAUCUACUGCUGCGGCACCUGCCACUACCGGUUCUGCUGCGAGCACCAGAGGAGCCGGCUGGACCAGGAGUCCUGCAACAACUACAUCUCCCCCGUGUGGGCCGAGACGCAGGGGCCCGUCACCGUCAGCGCCGGAAACAAGCGCGACCCGGACUUCGAGACGCUGCAGCAGCAGAACAGCAGCACGGCCUACGUGAUCGGAGGCGUGAUCUCCUUCACGCUGGUGGUGGCUGUGGGCGUCCGGAUCGCCUUCAGCAAGGUGGCGCGUCGACCCCGCAACAGAGAUAUCAACAUGCCCAGAUCGCUAGUGGACAUCUUGCGUCACCAGUCGAGCCCGGUGCAGCAGGGAGAGAGGAACAACUCGGCGCUGUUGACCGCCAUCACCGCGGACGGACGGCCGUCCAAAAACCACUACACCCCCAUCCUGCAGAGCAAAGACAACCGCACGGGGAACUUGCACCACCACUUGCAGGGGUCUGCCUCCAGCCCCAAACACUCUGCUACCAUCGAGCGAGGCGCCCGUAUGAACAACACCUCCCAGCUCUCCUCUGGACCCGCCCUACUUUCGGGUAGCGGUAAAGGUGGCGGCAGCAUGAUCGGCGGGGGCAUGAGACACAACAGCAGCCACCCGUCCUUCUCCCACUCCUUCCACAACCUCGCCCAGCUGCCGCCGUCCUACGAGACGGUCAUGAAACCGGAGAUCAACCGCUACAGCUCGCUGAAGAGGCUGGAGAAAGAACUUGACGAGUACUCAAACUACUACAACUCCAAGCGUCGCUCCAACAACGCACCGCCCUCCUUCUACUCGUCGCAGCACUACCUGCCGUGGGGGGGCGACUACACGCUGGGGUCCAACUACACGCUGGGGUCCAGAGGCACGCUGCCCCUCCACGGCUCCCGGCCCCGCCUCCACAUCCCCGCCUCCACCCCCAACCCGUACCCGCUGCCCGCACAGACGCAUUACACCAGCUCCUCCUUCGACAGGCCGCCGCGCCGCGUCCGCUCCCAAGACCAGCUGCUCGGGGAGGGCAACACGCUGUCCCGCCUGUCCAAGAACCAGCAGCACCAGUACUACAAAGCCAUGAUGAGCACCAGCAGGAGCUCCAACCAGCAUACGCUCCGCAGGUCCCACGAGAGGCUCCUGGUCUCCCCUGACCGUCUGGAGGACCGGCUGAUGAUGGGCCUGAUAAUCGGAGGAGGAGGAGGAGGAGGAGGAGGAGGAGGUGGUGACAGAGGUGACAGAGGCGGGAUGGUGCCCACCAUGGGCCGGCUCAGCCACCACCAGAAGACCCAGUCGCAGCAGAACAUCUGCGUCACGCCGUCGAUGGAACGCCACCACAUGAUCAAGAUGAACUCCCACCCGACGCCGGGCCACGACCAUGACCACGACCGCGAGCGCAGCUCCGGCGCGAUGCCCGGCAUGGGCAUGUACGGCGGAGGAGGAGGCCACCCCAACGCCCGACGGAUGGCGUUCGCCAGCAAGAGGCAGAACACCAUCGAACAGCUGCACUUCAUCCCCGGAGGCGGAGGAGUGCAGGGACUGCGGACUGGGAGUAAGAACGAGGUGACAGUGUGAGAGGAAGAGAGAGAGAGGAAGAUGAAGAGAGUGUAGAGAGGUGAAGGCUGUAAAGAAGCUGAAGAGGCAUUCAGUGGGAAGAUGAAGUGGAGAGAUGAGCAGGGAGAAAACAAAGGGAGGUUUGAGCUCUGGCUGCCCCCCCCCCCCCCCUUCAUAAAACAAAAAGUGGUAGAGGACGACAUUAAUCUCAUCGUGAGCAAAGCAAACUGAUUUUAUCCGCGUCACUUGUGUGUUGAAAAUAAAAGAGAAUAUUCAGCCAUUCUUUGAAAAAGGGAAGACAGAAAUGUCCACUUAAAAAGAGCAAAAAAAAUAAACCUCCUCGUACGAGUGCAGUUUAAAGGCUGCCGGGUAUUCGCUGUGACUUUUAUUGAAGGAUACCCGCUGAAUCAAAUUUGUCGGAUUUGUCCUUGAGUUUUAUUGCACUGUCCUCCGAGUCCUCGAGAGCUCCGACAGAGUUAAUCUGUCUUUGGAUCCACUGUGGAUGACGGAGAGCGCCGGGGCGGAGACGGACGGGUUUGCUUGUCUUUGUAUUUAUGAAAAAAAAGUAUUUAAAACCAAACGAGUUGCUUUUGUAUGAAACUAACCUGAUGAUGAUGAUAAUAGUAUGAACAUUACUGAGCCCUGUAAGACGUUGUGUAUACUUGGUUUAAAAACAUAUUUAUCCUUCAGCUGGCCAGUUUGUAACUAGGUUGAUCUUCUUUGUGAUUGGACAUUUAAAAGUAUAACAUCCACUGCAAAAAAAUAUCCUUACUCGAUUGCCUUUAUGGCUCAAUUCACUCUAGAUAGAAAUACAUUAUGAACCAUUUUGGAGGUAAAAACGAGACCUACAUCGACACAGCCUGCUGACAUAAAGGCCCAGUCACACCAGCAUUUAAAAAGGCAAUAUUUUGUGGCAAAAUCGGUUCUUUUCAAUGAAGUUGCUGCAGUUAUUUGAAUGAAUUGUUCGAAACCCCCGAGUUGCUUCUCGGGACGCUUUUCUAUAUGCUUAUGAUGGGUUAAAUGCAGAAGUCAAAUUUCAUGUAUGUGGUGAUGAAAAAUCUAGUUAGAGCUACAGACGGAUCAACAUCGCUGUGCCACUUUCUGGAGUGACCGGGCCUUCAAAGUAAAAUCCACUCUGCGGUAUGAUUUUAGCUUAACUUUGUACAGUGAACUCUAGUGGGUGUAUAUCUAUGAAACAUUGUGCUGUGACCCAUUGAGUAAAAAAAAAAACCUGAAUUAGACCGCUCACGGAGAAGAACUAACCUCAUGCAGACUCUGACCGACCAAAACGUCCCUCAAACACUGUUGUCAACUUUUUGCAUUGUGACUUUUGCAGAGAGUCGAGGGUAUCUUUGUGCCAACGAUUGGCGCUUAACGAGCCCUUCUAGUGCUUCUACGAUUUCCACGUGUUUACCUGCACGUCGAGCUGCUCACCUCGUAUGAAAGGAAGGGGGGGGGGGCAAUGGACACUUCACACCAAGGGCUAUAUACCGAAUUAUCUUUGUGUCUCUGUACAGCGUCUGCUUCUCAUUUUCAUUUCCUCUGCGUGUCGGUGUCGGGAGGCAUGCUCGUGCAUAUGUUUGUCCUUUCUUUUUUUCUUGUGUAGAGAGAAAAUAACAACAUGCAAGAAGAUGCAAAGCAAAGGACCUUUUUGUGUAAAAACACACGACCAUGAUUGCUUUUUAAAGCUUAAAGGCAGCCAUGAUGCAACCCUGUCUACAAAAAAAUAUGUUCCCAUAAAAAUAAA